AUGGCCAGACAUAUACAGCUGCCGCUGCUGCUGCUGCUGCUGCUGGUGCAGCAAACACCAGUGAGCAUCUACGGUAGCAGCAGCCACGCAGUCAGCAGCAGCAGCAGCAGUGGCGUUUCCUUGUCCCUAGCCGGGGCCUCAACGACUCUGUUAGGCAAAGGUUUCCAUCUAGUCUUUGAGUCUCGCGUCUUGCUGAAGCAGCAGCAGAGUACAGCAGCAGCAGCAGCAGCAGCAGCAGCAGGAAAGGAGGAAGCAUGUCUUCUUUGGCUAGAGUACCGUCUACCCCAGCAGUUAUUUGCUGACCCUGAUCAGACAUAUGAAUUGGGGGCCUCGGAUACCCAUGGGAGGGUACUAACAGGGGCCCCUGGGGGCCCCUUGCUCCUUCAACCCUCCACUCUCUUCAUGCCCUCUUGCUCCCACGGGGGCCCCCAAGGGGCCCCCAACUGUACCCAUGGCAGUGUCUUAGUUGAUGUGGAGCAACCCAGUUACUCCUCUAAGCUGGGGCCCCCUCCUCUUGUGCGGCAGGAGGUGUACGUACACCCCAGUCUGCUGCAGGAGGACAGCAGCAGCAGCAGCAGCAGCACCACUCGUGAAGUAAAGGUACAGCUGCCUGUACACCUGAGAUAUGGUCCCCCCUGCAGCAGCAGCAACAGCAGCUGCAACGGCCUGCUGCGGAUGACUGCUGCUGCACCUGUUGUGGGUCUAUCCUGUGGAGGACAAGAGCAGCAACAGCAGCAGCUUAAGGCCACCGCAGAAGCAACAGAAGCAGCAGCAGCAGGAGAGGAGGCAGCAGCAGCAGCAGCAGCAGGGAGUGUGGAGUUCUCUGUGCCUGUAGGGCAAAGGGUCCAUUGGGCAGCAACUUCAGGUGUAUGCGCAGCUACUCUUAUUCUUAAUAUACUUGCUGUUGUAUUCGUAUUAGCAGCAUAA